AUGUACUUCGGAAAAGACACAACUGCUCGAACUGGCAAAAAAUCUGAAAAGAUCGUCCUUCGUCUCAUGAGGCCAUAUUUGCUGAAGGGACAUCAAUUAUACAUGGAUAAUUAUUACAAUUCCGUAACACUUUCGCAAAAGCUAGUUGACUUAAAAACUCACACCACAGGUACCUUACGUUCAAACAGAAAAGAUAAUCCCAAAGACAUCAUUAAGAAAAAACUCAAGAAGAAUCAACAUGUGUGGGAACGAAAAAAUAAGGUCUAUGUUUCAAAAUGGGUUGACAAGCGACCAGUUCUUAUGGUAACAACUUCAGUUCAUCCUCGGCUUAUAGAAAUACAAAACAGAUUUCAACAAAGAAAAAUUAAACCCGCAGAAGUGGCAGAAUACAAUCAACACAUGUCCGGAGUUGAUAGAGCAGAUCAAAUGAUCUCAUAUUACUCCUCACCAAGGAAAUCAAUCCGGUGGUAUAAAAAAGUGAUGUUCCACUUGUUGGAUGUCGCAUAUGGAACUCAUUUUUUAUUUUCAAAAAAUACUGCCAAGCCAAUUGUGAUUUCUUGCUUUUCCGAGAGGAAUUGA